UGCGGUAUGUUGAUAAUAUUACGUCUAUUAUUGAAUAAAUAUAACUUAUUUGUUCUUGCAUGGCGGGCAACGACAGUCGUUUCUGUCGUAAUUACACGGGUGUUCUGUUCCAUACACCUUGCUUACAGCCACCAUUUACAUAACUUUAUAAGGACAUGGAUAAGGAAGUUUUACAGAGAAAAGUUGAUAAAGCUGUUUCGUCUUUCGAAGUGUCAUGGGCGCAAAAGAAAGUCGGUGUUAAACACACGGGAGUUAUUCUGUUACUUGACGGCGAGCCUUGCUGUAGCUUGGACUUCGGCCCGCCAGCCAAUGUUGAGAUAAAUGCGUGGGAUUCGCGACAGUGGGGUAAAGUUGAAGAACCUUUUGCGGUCAUUUACUUUGAACAUGAGAUCGCACAUCGGUUCAUGCGGUCUAAGGAAGAAAGGGGGAAGACGAUAAACACAGGAGCAUUGGCCGUUGUGAAUGCAGUUGAAGGUUCGAGUUUCAAGCACGACGCCUUUAUAUCAAUGAUUGUGACGUCAUUGCAUUGUUCCGCUACCCAAAAAAUGUUGGCAACCGAAGUGAUUGACAGGUUGUUGAAUAUGAGGUUGGAGAAAUAUAACCUGCUGAAAAAUAACUGCCGAAACCACGUGGUGGCGGUAUAUAAGAUGUUUAGGGAGCAUUUUCCACUGUUAUUCAAGGAGAGCGAGUUAUUCGAGAAAUUUCAUAACAUAGCCCGUUGUGACGCAACAAUGAUGGGAAAAGCCGCCAGCGUUUUCGGUGUCUUGGGUGUUGUUUCUGCCGUCUCUCCAUAUAUUGGGAUCCCGCUGUUUGCUGUCACUGCUGUGGCUAGUGGUAUGAUGGUCUCUGGUAAAUCUAACUCUCUUGUCAAUAUCCAGAAAUCGAAUCCACAAACGCUGGUUGAAGUGAAACAACACGGUAGCUCACGACCGCCACCUCCCGGUAACAUAUUUGUACAGAACCCGACUUGUGGUUUCGGGUAUUCAGAGUUUCUCACUUCGCUGCAAAACAUCGGAGUAUUCCGCAACUACGGAUCCCCGGCAGGAAAAACUUAUUUGGAAUAUUUUCUAUCCGUCCAUAAGCAUCACCAUAGAGAUCGUAGUGAUGAUGACGUCACAUACUUUUUUAUUCCUCCCCUGGAGGUCCAAGCGAGGAGAGAUAAUGUUCUGAAAAUCCUUCACGAUAUGAUGCUGCUUGAGAUCACACCUCACGUGACCCGCGUGGCUGACGCGUUCAUUAAUGACGUAUUUGAUGACGUCAUUGACCAUGAUGAUUUUUUGAAACAGAUCGCCAAAGUUUUCGCAGAUUUCGGAGACGCAUUGAAAGACGCCGAGUUGGUGUUGAUGUUUAAGUCUCACAACCUGAUGCAUUAGAGGAAGCCUCCAAUGUGUUCUAUAUGUGACUUGCAAAUGACUGAUAUUGUGUACCAGUGGUUGUUAUAUCCAUGGAUUGCCCAAAUUGUUCGCCAGAAAACUACUCACCUACAAAGUUACAUACAUGGUAACUCGUAGGCGGGCACGAGGUGUUUGAAACAAAACACCCGUGUUAUAACGACUGCCGUUGCCCCGCUACGCGAGAAUAAAUAAGU